ACGGCGUGUAGAUGGAGUAUAACACGUAAAUGUACACUUUACGAACUCUACGAGCACAAUGAGCAAUGGCAUCGGUGCAGGCGAAGGCGACAGUAGUAGCGCCAGCAUGACGCCCGUGGCCGACUACUCGACACAGACGCGACCGGUCAGCGUAGCCAUCGACCCCGUGGCCCUGAUCAUUACAGAAUGUAUCACCGUCACGUCGGCCAUGCGCAAGCAUGCGCGCUGGGCCCAGUCUUCUGUAUCGGCAAUCCUCGGCGGCGGUGCUGCUAGACGACCUCCUUCGGCGCUUGGUUCCCUUGGUGUUGGCGACGACGCCGAUGGUGGACAACUGGCUACACGAUGGGGCCUUCGCGGCAAGAAGGGGAAGAGCAUUCAAGACAACCCACUGCUGUCUGCAUUCGCUCGGCUGCGGAGUCAACUUAAGGGAUGCAGAGACAUCCGUACCGUUGACACGCCUUCAAUCCUGCAGCCCUUCUUGCAAGUCAUCCGUUCCUCGUCUACUACCGCCCCCAUCACUUCUUUGGCCUUGAUUGCAAUCACCAAGAUGCUUUCCUACAAUGUCAUCAGCCCGGGCAUGCCCAACUUUCCCUACGCCAUGAUGCUUCUAUCCUCGAGUGUGACAAAUUGUCGUUUCGAAGGUGACAAUACCGCCUCGGACGAUGUCGUCUUUCUUCGUAUCCUCAAGCUCAUGGAAAUCAUCAUCACCGGGCCUUCGGGCGAAGUUCUCGGCGAUCAAAGUGUUUGUGGCAUGAUGGAAUGCGGUAUCUCUAUAUGCUGCGCACUGCGCAUGAGCGAGGUCCUGAGACGUUCGGCCGAAAUCACAAUGGUCACCAUGUGCCAGACCAUCUUUCAGAGACUGACCCACCUCGAAUCUCUUCCCGAAGACGACAAUCAAAACGACCAAGACAAGUUCAAAAUCGAGUCCAGCACCACUCAGAUAGGUUCGACACCCGCCCAGGAUACUCCUCCUUCUGGAAGCCUAGACGUGCCUCGAUCCACUGGUGGUGAAAGACCCUCUGCUGAAUUCAAUGCUAGCCAGGUUGACUUGACCAAAGCAACCGAAACCACCGACAUUCCCGAUAUCAAGCCAUACGGGUUACCUUCGAUUAGAGAACUCUUCCGCACGCUAGCCGAACUUCUCGAUCCCCACGACAGGCAGUACACCGAUACCAUGCGUGUCAUGGCUUUGCGCAUCGUAAAUGUGGCUCUGGAGGUUGCUGGCCCUUCAAUAGCCUACCAUCCAUCACUAGCCUCUUUGGCCAAAGACACUCUAUGUCGCAACCUUUUCCAGCUCGUGCGCUCCGAAAACAUUGCCCUCCUCCACGAAUCACUACGGGUCGCUGGUACUUUACUUGCAACUUGUCGCAGUGUACUAAGGCUCCAGCAAGAGCUUUAUUUGUCCUAUAUUGUUGCUUGCUUGCAUCCUCGAGUUCCUAUUCCUGAUGAACCAACAAUCAACCCUGCCCUUUACGAGGGAGUCCCUCAAGCUCCGAGACUUGUCAAACCAGCUGCAUCAGCUACCCAAAGCGGUCGAUCUACCCCAGUACCAGUCAAAGACAGGCAGAAGCUCGGCUUGGAAGGCGGUUCUCGGAAGCCCGACGCAAGAGAAGCUAUGGUAGAAAGUGUAGGGGCUCUUGUCAGGAUCCCAAGCUUCAUGGCUGAGCUAUUUGUCAAUUACGAUUGUGAAAUCGACCGAAGCGAUUUGUGCUUGGACAUGGUUGGCCUCCUCUCGCGUAACGCGUUCCCAGACUCUGCUACCUGGAGUACUACCAAUGUACCGCCGCUCUGCUUGGAUUCUUUGCUUGGUUAUGUGCAGUUUAUCGCCGAUAGACUCGACGAUGAGCCUGUGACUGAGGGCCUGCCUCGUUUGGAAGCACUACGUGAGCAGAGAAUCAAAAAGCAGAUUAUCAUUCGUGGAGCUACCAAGUUUAACGAAAGCCCCAAGGGUGGACUCGCCUUUUUGGCAUCUCAAGGCAUCAUCGAGAAUAUAGACGAUCCAAUGUCUAUCACACGCUUCCUCAAAGGAACAUCCAGGAUUGACAAGAAGGUCUUGGGAGAAUUCAUAUCAAAAAGGUCAAACGAGGCCAUCCUUGAUGCCUUCCUCGACCUUUUCGAUUUCACCGGGCAGCGAGUUGAUGAGGCCUUGCGUCAAAUCCUCAACUCCUUCCGAUUGCCAGGUGAAUCACAACUCAUCGAGAGAAUCGUUACAGUCUUUGCAGAAAAGUAUUGCGACAAGACUAACCCCGAGGGCAUUGCGGAUAAGGAUGCUGUCUACGUCUUGACAUAUGCAAUCAUCAUGCUGAACACGGACCAGCACAAUCCAAACAUGAAGCAGGCACGAAUGGCAGUCACCGACUUUGGGCGCAACCUGCGCGGUGUCAAUGGGGGUAAGGAUUUUGAACCGGAAUAUCUGCAAGGCAUUUAUGAUUCUAUCAAGACUCGAGAGAUCAUAUUGCCAGAGGAGCACGACAAUAAGCACGCUUUCGAGCAUGCUUGGAAAGAGCUCCUCAUCAAGACUCAAACUGCUCAAGAUCUGGUCUUGUGUGAUACCAACAUUUAUGAUGCAGACAUGUUUGCUGCUACAUGGAGGCCUGUCGUUGCAACCCUCAACUACGUCUUCAUGUCUGCUACUGACGACACAGUGUUCCAGAGGGUUAUUUCUGGCUUUGAUCAAUGUGCCCAAAUCGCGGCCAAGCAUGGGCUCCAUGACUGUCUUGAUCACAUCAUAGCCUCUCUUGCACAAAUCAGCACCCUAGCCACUGAAGCACCACCCAGUACUGCACUCAACACUGAAGUGCAGGCGAAUGGCAAGAGCAUCAUGGUGAGUAAAUUCGCCGUCGAAUUUGGCCGCGAAAACAAGGCACAGCUUGCCACACUCGUACUCUUCCGCAUUAUCAACGGUCAUGAAGCCGCAAUUCGAAAUGGCUGGACUCAUAUUAUCCGCAUUAUCCUCAACCUCUUCAUCAAUUCUCUCAUUCCUACUACCCUGUCUUCCUUGACAUCAAAGCUGGACCUUCCACCGAUUCCACUCCAGAGCCCGGCACAGGUCAUUGAGCGAAAUGACAAGUCUACCGACAUUGGUCUAUUCUCUGCCUUUACAUCAUAUGUAUCGAGCGUCAUGAAUGACGAACCACCAGAGCCAAAUGACCAAGAAAUCGAGGCGACUCUGUGCACUGUAGACUGCAUUAGUGCUUGCCGGUUGGACGAAGUCAUCUCUAACAUUGGCAACAUGCCCAGUGACCCUCUCAGAGCUUUCACUCAAUCACUUCUCUCAUACAUGCCCCCAGAUGAUGUUGAGAGCUCGCCCAAGGUCAUUGUCGUGAAACCUCCAGUUGCUGCUCCGACACCAAUACGGCCCAACGGUCAAAAGCCGCAGCCCACAAUCCCGGACUACGAUCCCGCCCUUGUUUGCGUCCUUGAGCUUGCCACUGUUUUGGCAAUGCGCGAUCAGGAUUCUGCGUCAUUGUUUGGCAAAGAUGUUGCUCAGUGUCUGAAGUCUGUUAUCCAUGAUGCAGACGGCCUACACCCAGUAACACUUGGCCGAGCAUCCUACUACCUAUUGAACCUUCUCAAAGCUAGUGAAGACCACGAUUAUGUUCGCGCGCCAGUCGUGCUGCAUACAAUUUCGUCUUUCAACCAGGACCUUCUUCGACGAUGUGGCCCAACGAUACUCAAGGGAAUCUCUGAAUGCAUCAAAGGACCUGCAAGUCUUCGAAAAGAAAUGGCAACAUCUCCAGACUUUUGGUCGGUGCUUCAUGCUCUCCAGCCAGUCUCAGAAGCUGCUCCAUUGGCCUUCCACAUUACCGAGGACAUUGCGACGGGAUCACCUCAAGCAAUCACGGCCGAUAAUUAUGAGUCGGCCAUUGGUUUACUAAACACAUUCGCCACGGCGGGCAGUGCAGGUAUCGUCCGCGAACAGCGGAGGGAUCCCGCUGCACGACGUGGCAAACCCACAGCACCCGAGAAGCGACCAGCGCCCAAUGAGGCUACCCUUCGUGGUGUCAGGGCGAUGGCCAUCGUGUCUCAGAUGACUGGUCGGGUUCCUGCCUUCAUUGAGCAAUCUCAUCUGGAACCCAAUGAAGCUUGGCAAGCGUACUGGCUCCCUAUUUUCAGAUGCUUUAUAACGCAGUGUGUGAGUCCUUCUAGAGAAAUCCGACAGCAAGCAUUCGCAUCCUUGCAACGAUGCUUGUUGUCCAACGAUCUCGCAUCGCCGGACCACAAGGAGUGGACGAACAUCUUCAGCCAAGUACUGUUCCCCUUGGUCCAGCAGCUGCUAAAGCCAGAGGUUUAUCAGACAGAUCCUGCUGGUAUGGGUGAGAUGCGGGUACAAACAGCACAGCUUCUCUGUAAGAUUUUCUUGCAUUACCUUGUGAUGCUUAGCGAGUGGGAAGGUAUGCACGAUCUAUGGAUGGAAAUCUUGAACAUUAUGGACCGCUUAAUGAACAGCGGCCAAGGUGACACAUUGGCCGAAGCGGUACCAGAAUCUCUCAAGAAUAUACUACUCGUCAUGUCCAGCGGCGGCUAUUUAAAGGGUCCAAGUGAGGGCGGUGAACGGUCAGAGCAGCAGAAACAGCUAUGGACAGAGACGUCGAGCAGACUGCAUAGGUUCCUGCCAGACUUGAUGCCCGAGCUUUUCCCAGAGCAUGAGAUAAGGCAAGAGAAGGAGAAGGAAGGAGCACAUAAGGAUCGAGAAGUGGGUGUUGCCGUACCCGCUAUAGAGGAAGAGACUACUGAGGCUGCGUAGAGGAAACACGUAACAUGCGAUUGUUUGGAGGACUGUAAUACACAUGUCUCAUGAGCACCCUCCACGUCCUUGAUUUUGCUCUUCGUCCUCAUUGCACUCCCAUCCAUUACUGACAAGGCGUUUCAUGCGGCAGUUGAGUCGUUGAGCUGAAUCACGGCAAAAUUGGUGACGGGGUGGAUUGCAGCUAUUGAAUUGAGACCACACACAUCACCACAUGCUCCGGACCCAUAGAUCCCGCGUUAAUCACCCCUAUACUCACUACAUUAAGUACUCUCAC